UGAUUUUUUACUAGUUUAUUUAUUUGGCUGAAUUUGAAAGAUUAAUUGUAUUUCUUCAUUUUGUUGUUCGGAUUCUUAAACAGGCUUUCGACCUGCCGCCGCUUUUUAAUGUUGCUCUGCUUUUUUCAGACAACAAUUAAAAAUAAUUAACAAAACAAUCAUCUUUGUCAGUUAGCCUUGUAAAGAGCUUUUCUAUGCUACCGAAAUGUCUCCUGCUUGAGCUUUUCGUGCCUGCCACCUGCGAGAGCUUGAAAGCUGCGUUGGUGGUGCUUUAGCGCGUGCCUGUGCAGCAGCAGAGAAUGUGGGAGCUUUGCUUGAGAAGAAUUUGUGCAGGCACCUGUGCUAUGCUAAAAGCUACUUGCUGCUGUUAUCUCCCCUCUCUCAUUCUCAGUCCCUCUCGCUCCACUCUUUCAUUCCCUGUCUCUCUCUCUCUGUCCAAUGUUAUGGUGUAGAAAUUCCUCAAAUCGAGUGCGACGCGUUCCGUUCAUUUAUCAAGCCGUUAAAUGGCAGCUGCUCACAUCGCCGUCCCCCCACACCAUCUCACGCACACACACACACACACACACACAAACAUACACACACAACAUUAGGGAGCUUCAGCACCUGUAAACUACCCCGCUGGCCCAUUGUCUGCCUGCUGCGAGGCGGUGUUCAAUUCAAUCUCCUGCGUUAUUCAGUCUGCUCGCGAUGCUCUGUCGUUGAUCUUCACGUGCGCUGCGACGGAAUUCGUGGUGCUGUCCGAUCUAAUAAAUUUUUGUUUUGAUUUGGCCGCGUGCUGCGUGGGUGUUGAAUAUUGUGAAUGGUUAAUGUUUUCAAUAUGUUUAAUAAUAAACGAUCGUUUCACCGUUGAUUGUCGUUGGCAAAGGUCCAUUAUAUAUAUUCUCUGUAGCUCUCUGUAUCUUUUCGACUCUGUACGCUGGGAAUUUGUGGUGUGCAUGUGGGUGUGGCAGCUGCUGACCGAAGUGCAUUAGGAAUUACCAUUGCAAACGGAAUUGCAAUCUGCAUCGGAAUCAAGAAGUUCAAGUGCCUAGUCCAACAACAUCCCUCUUCCUCCGCAACGACUGGUGCCAAACGAGAAGGAGACAGCAGGCAGCAGGAUGACGACGCUGACAGCGACGUCGACAGCGAUGCCAGGCGAUGGCAAUGCCGCUGCAAAAAUGUUUUCGGAUGCGGAUGUGGCGGAAGUGCGGCACGUUGUGCAACGCAUUUUGGUGCCGUGCGUUUUUGUUAUUGGACUAUUGGGAAAUUCAGUGAGCAUUUAUGUUUUGACGCGAAAGCGCAUGAGGUGCACCACAAACAUUUACCUAUCGGCUUUGGCAAUUACGGACAUUGCGUACCUGACCUUUGUAUUAAUAUUAUCACUCAAACACUAUGAAUAUAUCAAGUACCACUGUGAGCUCUAUUGGCGACUCUAUGGCUUUGUAAUGUGGCUGUGCGAUGCAUGUGCGUACAUCUCAAUUUACAUAGCCGUGUGCUUUACCAUCGAGCGAUUUAUUGCGAUACGCUAUCCGCUCAAAAGACAAACAUUCUGCACAGAAUCGCUGGCCAAGAAGGUAAUAGCAGCCGUCGCGCUCUUCUGUCUGCUGACCACGCUAUCGACGGCAUUCGAGCACACAUAUGACAUCGAUUGGAAAUUGAUUGAUGGCGCGUAUAGGCCCUGUAAUCAGACGCUGGCAAAUGUAUCACCCACACCGGCGCAUCAAACGCCGGGAACCGCCUGGCAUGUGAAUGAAAAUGCCAGCAUGUCCAACACAACGCCUUCCAAUGUGGAGCCGCCAUUGGAUUUGGGCAGCGGCGCUGGUGAGUCGGACCACAUUCCAAGCAGGCAGCGUCGCUUACCAGCAUCCACGUCCGCCUUUGUGGGCGUGACUGCACCAGCCACCGAGCCAACAGCAGCAGCGGCUACUGUCAGCUUCCUGCAUUUGUCACGUGCCAGACGCAACGAAGAAAACUACGACAACGAUGCCAACUUUAAAAACAAUUACAGUAACAACAACAACAACAACAACAGCAACAGCAACAACAAUAACAAUAACAACAACAGCAACAAGAACAACAGCAACAGUAGCGCAUUCGAAUUUAACGUAACGGAAUACUGUCAAAACAUGACUGUCUACGCAAACGAUCUGUCGAGUUUGGGCCAGAAUGCGCUGUACAUUAACAUUUGGAGUGUGUACUCAUUGAUUGUGUUUGUGCUGCUGCCGCUACUCGUCUUGGCCACCUUCAACUGUUUCCUCAUUCUGCUCGUGCACCGCUCGAAGAGCCUUCGAGGGGAUCUAACCAAUGCCAGCAGCAUGCGACGUACCAAGCGCAAGUCGACGUCGGGGCUGACGGGCAGCGUUUCACAGGAGAAUCGGGUGACUAUCACCCUGAUUGCUGUUGUGCUGCUGUUCAUCGUGUGCCAAUUGCCGUGGGCAAUCUAUUUGAUACUGGUGCAGUAUAUGGAUAUAGAAUUGAAUAUACAAAGGAUUGCCGGCAAUGUGUGCAAUCUGCUCGUUGCCAUCAAUGCGGCAGCGAAUUUUUUCUUAUACUGCGUGCUGUCGGACAAGUACCGCAAGACGGUGCGUGAGCUCAUUACCGGCUACCGCUAUCAUCAUCGGCAUGCACGCAACAAUUUCAGCCUCUAUAUGCCACACACGACGACAACAACGAAUGGCGACAGUGCCAGUGCCAGUGGUGGUGCAAGUGGUUAUGGCAGCUAUCGCAAUGCAAACAGUCGACGUUGUCGCCCCACGGGUCGUCUAAUUGCGUGAGUUACGAACAAGUUGAGUUGAUCUCACACUGAACUGACUUGAACAGCACUUUUGUUUUUCUAUAUUUCUAUAUUUUUAUGAUUUUAUUUUGCAUUUUUGUUCCUGUUGCACCGUAGAUAAGGCGUGUCUAAUUAUACAAUUCGAAUGCUAUACAAUCCUUAACUAUGUGGUAGUCUAAGCUGACCAAUACACACAUAUAAAUAUAUAGAAACUUUGUUUUAUAUGCUACCAUACAUUUGUGCCAUAAUGUGAUGAUUAUAGUUUUUAUGAUAUGUAGUUAUCCUAAUCGUAAUUGUUGUUGUCUUAAGCCUCAUAAAUGUAGUCUCAAUACAAAAUACAAUUGAGAACACUAUUCACUUAGCUCAUUGUAUCUUCGAUUAUGUAAAGCUCAAAUGACCUGUAAUAUAAAUCAAAGACUUUGUCAUUUUUUUUUUUUAACUUUAAUCCGCAAGUGUGGAAAAAGAUCAAAGAUUGUAAAACACUCAACUACCAAACAGACAUAACUAGAUUUACAUAUAUAUGUUUGAAUACUUACAACCUAAGAAGUAGCUUAGCUGUUAGCUUGUAAGACUCACAAAUGGAAUCGCAACCAACCCGAAAAAAAAAAUGAAAAAUGAAAUGUCUUUUUUUUCAACUUGAGUAAA